UCUCCACCUCUGACCACUGGAGUGAAUUAUUUUUAGUGAGCUGAACGUGGAUUGUGACAAUGAAAAAUUGAGGAAAAUAGUGUUUACAUUUUUAUAAUUUAUUUUAAAGUUAUCUUUUUUAUCUCUAAAGAAGAGAGGCAUAUGAAAGUUUCUUUACAAAGUGCAUGCAACUAUAAAUUUCUAAUUAUGUAUAAUGUACCACAUAAGUUUCGUCAAGUUUGUCGAUUGUGCCUCACAUUGGUUAGCGAGUGCGAUGUUGCAGAACUACAGAUUUAUAAUAAUUCGUCGCAUAAAAGUGCCCAAUCCCAAGCCGAGCAGCACCACAAGGCGGCCGAAUUCCGUAAAUCCGAGAGGCCAGCUAGCUGUUUCUGCAGGGCCCUGAGCCCAAAUGUGUGCAGCUGCGUCGGUGAUAACUCGCUAUCAGUGGUGCUGACCAAUAACGAAACGGGUCCAAGCCAAUCCCUUCACAAAUCGCAUUACACACCAAGUGUGCCUUCCACUGUGGACGCAAUAUCGAGUGGCAGCGAACCAUACGCCAAGUCUUUUUCCAGCAAAAGCCAAUUGGAAACGGUUAUCGCCGAAAGAUCAGUAUUCAAAAGUCAGUCAACGUCGUCGCAACUGCAUGAGACCCCCGCUAGCAAUGCUGGAGAGGAAUCCGAAUCGGAAACAAACGCGGAACUCCCGCGGGAGGAGCAAUCGGUUAUCAAUCAAACAAAAAUAAUCCACAGCCAGAACCAGAGCCAGAGCCAGCCGUUCGGUGGAACAGAUAACUGCGGCCAAGAGCACGGCAGGGAUGAUUCAUCAUCACAUCUUACAUUUCAGAUAUUCAACUGUCUCUCUAUUAAGCCUAUGCCUAACGACGGACUCCCCAACGUGAUAUGUCGGGACUGCAGAACCAAACUGGAUUCCUUUGAAAAAUUUCGAACUAUGACGCACAAUUCACAUAAUGCUUUAAAAGAAUUUUUAAUUAUAUCAAAAACACUCAAACUAGACGCAAAUGAUUUGGAAGAAAAGCUUGAUACAAUUUUAAAGACUCCAUCAGAGGCUAUUGCUGCAAAAGCUUUGACGGAGCUAAGCACAUUUUCUAAAGUUAAGUACGAACAGAGUAGAAAGGAUACCGCCAUCACAUCUGCUUUGGAUCGGAAGAAUGAGAUUAGUAAUCAAGAUAUAACAGCGCACAGCCUAUAUCCUAGUUUUCUCAAAUCAAUUGAUAUAAAAAGCGAAAAGAUAAUUACACAAAACAAAUCAAUGCCUGGCCCCUCACAAAGCCAGUUCGAUUCGAAAUUUCAAAAGGAUCCGGAUAUCGAGAAAUAUGAAAACUUGCAGCAGCAGCUUGAAACGGCUGCUGUUCUAAUGGAUAUAAGCAAAAAAAUUGUAAUUUCACCUCCGUGCUCGAAUCCUCAAUCUCCGUGUUUUUCUGCAGCUGUAGAUACAAGUAUUAAAAGUUCUGUGAUAAAAUCAAAACGUCCAUUAAGCAAAAAUGAAAUUCAGGACGGAGUUGAAAUCGACCUGUCCGUCAAAAAACAAAAGAACGAUUGCGCUAAUCAACGGAUCCCAUUGUACAAUUAUUGCCAACCUUCAAUGCUUGAUCGUCAGUCACACUUAAGAAGUGAAGAGGAUUUUAAAAACUACAGUAUUACCAUUAACCAAGUUGGUGGAUCCGAUUAUAAACAAAAGGCGCCAAAGGCGAGUACCGGUUCCCUGCUAGAUUCCGGAGAUAGCUCCGACUCUCACAAACUGGAGAUGGACAUAACGUCCUCCAUUAACGAUAGAAAGACCCCGGAUAGCCUGAGCUCGGACCAUGCCACAGAUGCAGCUACAACUCAACUUUGGCAAGCAUUGGCCCGAUCAGCAGCCAAAAGUAAAGAAGAAAACCAGGCUACAGAAUUAAUACGAAACAUGAUGAGCCAGAAUUUUGUGUUCUCGGUUCCACCAACAGCAUCAUUUACUAAAGUACCUGAAGAACCCAUAGCACUAUUAAAGGAUCUAUCAGAGGCUCAAUCCAGUAAAUCAAAACCUUGUAGAAGAAAACAAAGUUUUCCUACCAAAACUGAUUGCAUCGAUGUAGUUAAUGAGAAUGUGACUGAUACUUAUACCACUUCAGAAGCAACUCCAGACGAUAAAAAGGAUAAAAGGCAGAACAUCAACCUUUUUAAUGCCAUACCCGGUGCUCAAAAAGAUAUGUCAUGUUCCAAUUGCGGCACACUAACCACAACAAUUUGGCGGCGAAGUGUCAGAGGUGAAAUGGUUUGCAACGCAUGUGGGUUGUAUUUCAAACUGCAUGGUGUUAAUCGGCCACAUUCUAUGAGACGCGAUACCAUACACACCAGACGCAGGCGUCCUAAAGAAUUGGAGCGAUCUAAAAAAAAACACAAGCAAAUGUCAUGUGCUUCAAUUGAACCAACAAAACUGGAUUUCUUGACGUCUAGGGAAGCCCCUGAUAUUUCUGGUCUUGCAUUGAAUAAAUACAAAAAGGAAAUGGAUGAAUCCGAGACCGCAGCAGCACUUAAAGAUAUUUUAUUGAGGCGGAAAAAAUCGGCGUUUAAUGAUACCUGUGAAAGUGCGGAUCACUCUGCACCGCUUAACCUUGUUUCCAGUGAAAAUAACGCAAAGUUAACAUAAAACGCCAAAUAUAUUUCCCCUACUCACUUUUCGAAAAGAAACCUUUAACAAACAUUUUGUUUAUUUAUGAGGUCGCAUAAGAAAUAAAACAAAAGGUAUAGGAUUACAAUAAGUGUAGAUUAUAAAUAAAAUUUUCAUUCUUUAAAAAUUAAAUUUUAUUCAUUUGUAUCUUUAAAAACUAAUACCAAAAUACUUAUUAGUGUAAAAGAGGUAUAAAAUUGAACCAGUAUGUCAAACCUUUUAAAUAAUAUCACACUAAAUAUAGACCUUAAGCAAGGACAUCAAUACUUAAUGCAAUUAAAUUAAAAAUAAACUUUAUUAUAUUUAUAUUUAUUAAAACCA